CUGAAAUUGAGUUGCUUCAUUUUAAAAAACUGAAUAAUUUUUACGGACUAUAAGAAGAAACAUUGGUUGUGUCACAUUCUGAACUAGUUGCUCCGUUUUCAUUUGCCUUCAUUUCUUUUAAUUCAACGAUAACUGGAAGUGUUCUGUGAUUUUUUGUCUAACUUGUUCUCCCUACUUGUCAUUCAGCUAUCCCAGGAAUUCAACACCACAAGAUAUCAGCUAGGUUCGCCACAAUAAGGACAUUUUGUUCAAAUCGUAUUACUCGUUAGCGUUACAGGAUCGUAAGCGGGCAACAAUUAAACGCGAGUUGGGAAAAGCGCACUUAUAUGCUCUGAAUGCCUCAUGACGGACAGUGCACCCAUGUCAGCAAAAUCCAAACGUGAAAUUGGUCUUUAAAAAGACCCCCUGCCUCCAAGAACCUUGGCUGCGUCCUUGACCUGUGUCACAUCCUCUUCACCCCCCUCAUCGUGUUUGUACAUGCUCUUACAUGAAGAGAGGAGAGAAACCAGAGGGCUACAGGCAGAUGCGACCCAAAACGUUCCCCGCCAGCAACUACAGUGGCAACAGCCAACAUAUGCUGAAGGAAAUCCGGAACAGUCUGCGAAACCUGUCAAAGCCUUCCGACCCACCCAAAGUGGACUUUAGUGGGAAAAUGCUCCCAGAGGACUUAAGGCAACAGGGGCGCUGCUAUAACCCCAAGAACCCUCACCAUAAGGCCUUGCAGGAGAUCCGCGAGUCCCUGAUGCCUUUUGCCAAUGAGGCCAGCACUUCAGUGGAGCUCAACAAACACAUGUCGAUGGAGCCUCCAUUUGCUGGGUUUGAGGAGACUACUGCUCGCAGUGUGGGGACAGCUGUGGAAUACAUGACGAAGGUGACCUACCAGGACUCGAUGAGGGAACAGAUGGUUCCCGCCAGUCCAAGCACUGCAUUCCUCAAAGCCCCAGGCGCUACUCACAUUCAGCAGUCCCUCCUGAGAAGGCCCAGCUGGAAAGGCUCGAAAGAGUCCCUGGCUCCUCGCCAUGCCAUGAUGUACCGCUCAGACAGUCCGGGGCCCCCUCCUGCCUUCCCGCAGUGUCACCCUGGCAACAGCCAGAGGGUCAAUCCGCCCCUGCCACCCCAAGUGCGCAGCGUCACACCUCCUCCGAACCGCGGGCCGAUGCCUCCGGCGUCUUCCUGGGACAGCAACCCGUCGACCAAGCGCUACUCUGGAAACAUGGAUCUUGUGCCUCGCAUCUCGCCGGUGCCUCAGGGGGCCUGGGCUGACAGCUAUCCGACCGCAUCACCUCAGAACCAGCGUGGCAUCAGCCCAGUGCCUGUGGGCCACCAGCCCAUCAUCAUGCAAAGCUCGGCAGGAACAAAGUUCACCUUCCCGUCAGGCUGGUCUCAGAAUGGCUCACCUCAGGCAGACUACAUGGCAGGAGGCAGCAGGCAGCCUCCUCCCCCCUACCCGCUCAACCAGAGCAGUCGUCACAGUCCCACAGACCAGCAGAUGCAGGCCGGGGGGCCCGCUUCAUCACCGUCGUACGCUAAUGGCGGGAACAUCCCUCAAUCCAUGAUGGUUCCCAAUCGGAACAGCCACAACCUUGAUGUGUACAACAUAGGGCACCCCCAUUCUUGGUCCCAAAGCUCCCUCGCCCCCAACAUGCCCACGUCUUCAUCAGGCAGUAGCAGCAACCAAGAUCCGUCUCCAUCGUGGCAGCAUAACGUGCUCGUGCGCUCCAAUUCCUUCAACAGCAGAGCACCCCAUCCCGCCAGCUCGCAACCGUCUGCCACCACGGUCACCGCCAUCACGCAAGCUCCCAUCCUGCAGCCCGUUAAAAGCAUGCGAGUCCAGAAACCCGAACUGCACACCGCCGUCGCCCCCACGCACCCUCCGUGGAUGCAACAGGCCGCUCCCGCCGCCCCCGCUUACCCGGAGCCUUCGGCUGCCGUUCCUCAGAUUCCCGUCGCGGCAGAGGUCCCCAGCUACCAGGGCCCCCCGCCGCCUUACCCCAAGCACCUCCUCCAACAACAAGCUGCACCGUCACCCCCGGCGUAUGAGCAAGGAGCAGGUAAGCACGGCGCAAGCAGGGAGGAACCCGCGGAAGACGAAAGCGCUUUGGGGGACAGCGGCACGCGAGAGAAGGCAGCAGAAAGUGCGGAAAGCAACGCGGCCACGGAAAAGGAGAAGAAGCAGAUCACGACGUCGCCCGUUCCCCUGCGCCGCAACAAGAAGGACGAAGAACGGAGGGGGGAGUCGGGCCGGGUGGCUUUGUACUCCCCGCAGGCCUUUAAGUUCUUCAUGGAGCAACAUGUGGAGAACAUCCUGAAGAACCAUCAACAGCGUAUCCGCAGGAGGAAACAGCUGGAGAGCGAGAUGCAGAGGGUGGGCUUGUCGUCAGAUGCCCAGGAGCAGAUGCGCAUGAUGCUCUGCCAGAAGGAGUCCAACUACAUUCGGCUAAAGCGGGCCAAGAUGGACAAGUGCAUGUUCAAACGAAUCAAGACCCUGGGCAUCGGCGCCUUCGGCGAAGUAUGCUUGGCCAUGAAAGAGGACACGGAAGCCCUGUACGCCAUGAAGACCUUGCGCAAGAAGGACGUGCUGCUCAGGAACCAGGUGGCUCACGUCAAGGCCGAGAGGGACAUCCUGGCCGAGGCCGACAACGAGUGGGUGGUGCGUCUCUACUAUUCUUUCCAGGAUCGGGACAACCUCUACUUUGUCAUGGAGUACAUCCCCGGGGGGGACAUGAUGAGUCUUCUCAUCCGGCUCGGCAUCUUCAAGGAGGAGCUGGCUCAGUUCUACAUCGCCGAGCUCACCUGCGCUGUGGAAAGCGUCCACAAAAUGGGCUUCAUCCACCGCGACAUCAAGCCCGACAACAUCCUCAUUGACCGAGACGGACACAUUAAGCUCACAGACUUUGGCCUCUGCACCGGAUUCCGCUGGACUCAUGACUCCAAGUAUUACCAGAGUGGGGACCACGUGAGGCAGGACAGCAUGGACUUCAGUAAGGAAUGGGAGGACCCGGCCAACUGCCGCUGCACGGACCGGCUCAAGCCUCUGGAGAGGAGAAAGGCUCGGCAACACCAGCGCUGCUUGGCCCACUCGCUGGUGGGGACGCCCAAUUACAUUGCGCCCGAAGUUCUACUCAGGACAGGAUACACCCAGCUGUGCGAUUGGUGGAGCGUGGGUGUCAUUUUGUACGAAAUGGUAGUCGGACAGCCUCCCUUCUUAGCGACCACGCCCCUGGAGACACAGCUCAAGGUGAUUAACUGGAAGACCACCCUGCACAUCCCCCCGCCCGCCAAGCUCAGCCCGGAGGCGUCGGACCUCAUCGUGAAGCUGUGCCGCGGCCCCGAGGACCGCCUCGGCAGGAACGGCGCAGACGAAAUCAAAGCUCACCCUUUCUUCAAGACCAUCGACUUCUCCAGCGACUUGCGGCAGCAGACGGCGCCGUACGUCCCCACCAUCGCCCACUCCACCGACACAUCCAACUUCGACCCCGUAGACCCCGAGAAGCGGUGGAGCGGCGACAGCGACGGCAAGGACGACCUCGGCGACACGGGCUGCUGGUUCCGCAACGGCAAGCAUCCCGAGCACGCCUUUUACGAGUUCACCUUCCGCCGCUUUUUCGACGACAACGGCCACCCGUACAGCUGCCCCAAGCCCAUCGCGUACGAGGGCCUCACCGAGGACGAGGCGGACUCCGAGGGCCCCGAGGGGGAGGCGCCCGAUGGCCCGCCGGCCCAGGGCCGAGAUCUUGUCUAUGUGUAGCGUUCCCGGACCUCAUAGUGACACUUGGUGUUUGGCAUGUGCUGUGGUAGGACUGUGUGUACGUGAAAUAGGAACUGCUCACGUCAAAUUGGAAGAUGAGCGAAAGCUUUUCCAAGUGGAAUCGUGCCUGUCAGCCAGAUAAGUCAGUCAUCAGCUGCUUGCUGUACACCCAUACGACCUAAUUUGGCAUCAACUGCCCUCAAUCUAUUUUUUUCAUUGGCUCCUCAAGUGCUUAAUUUAUUGAAGAACUCACAACUGACGAUGUUCACAUUUAGUAUGGGGACUUUAAUUGAAUCUUUAUUAACUUAUAUUUUGACUGUUGCAACAGGGACCUUCACGACGUGACUGGUACAUAAUUAAAGUAUCGAUUGCUCCAUUUAUUCAUUGCGGUGCCCCCACCCCCACCAAAUACACAGUUAAUUAUCAGACUGGUAUUAAAUGUGUAUGUAGAAGUUGACCAUUGAUUGAACUUCAGUAGCUUUUUGUUAUUUUUCUAAUUUAUACCCAUAUUUAUAAAUGAAGUUGUACACAGAUUAUGUAAAUAUUUCUUUACUCUGUCACUGAUUUUUUUUCUCUCCCUAAGGGCAGGCCCUCUUCAAUGUCCACUGCUGCUGCCUUUUACUCAUUAGUGUUGAUAGUUCUUCCUUUUAUGCUCAUCUCCUCCAAACCACUAAAUACAAACGUUUAGUCUUUAGACACUUAAACACUUAUUUUUUUUCAAAUCUUGUCAAAGAAACAUAGCAGUUUACUGAGUCAAGUGGAUUGAUGAUUCCAUAACCUCCCUCUGUACAUUCUGUGCUUAGCAAGGAAUUCUGAAUGUAGUUUUUAGACUUAAUGGUGUCCCCUUGGCCUUCUGCACUGGCAUGUUACCACACAAGAAUGACAAUUGUAUUGUGUGUGUGCACUGUUGCUCGAGAGGUUUUGUGUUGGGGAAGCAGGUGAUCAAUAAAGAAUGUCAAGAAUGAAAUGUUUCACACAUACAAA